AAAAAGUUUACUUACAUUAUACUUUUCAUUAGUGUUAUUACAUAGAUUAGCAUAUUUUUUAUGAUAAUGUGACAUUUCUCUAUUCCAAAAUCUUUGUGCAUGACCUUCGCACUUGACAAUACCGUCAUAGACCACAUUCCUACCGCACGUCGACCUAACCGAGCUCGAAAAAUGGAGACUGCUGUGGAAUAUUAUAACUUCUUAUUUGUUACACAAGCAGAUAAGAGGACGACUACGUGGCCCCUGAUGAGUACACCGUUGCUACCUCUCGCUCUUAUUUGUGGAUACCUUUUCGCUGUGUAUCAUUACUUACCAAAAUAUAUGACUGGGAGAAGACCUUACCGCCUCAAAGGUUACCUUUGGUUUUACAAUUUGGCUCAAGUAGUUUCGUGUUUCGUAAUUAUUUAUGGACUUACCGCGUCGGGAUGGAGAAUUCACCACCUCGUGGACUGCCAAACGAUAGAUCUCUCCAAUAAUCCGAAGGCAAUUCGCACGGCCCAAUGCAUAUGGUUCUUCUUUGUGCUCAAGGUUGUCGAACUUACGGAAACGUUCGUAUUUAUUUUGAGGAAGAAGUAUAAGCAAGUUUCGCCUCUGCACGUUUUUCACCACGCAUCCACCGUUUUCUACGCUUGGUUGGGGGUCAAGUUUUACCCGGGAGGAGUGUCUUCAGUUCCCAUUAUUGUAAACUCAACUGUGCAUAUCGUAAUGUACAGCUACUAUUUUCUAUCAUCACUAGGACCAGAAGUGCAAAGAAAGUGGUUGCAGCCGAUUAAACCGAUUGUAACUCGGAUUCAGAUCAUACAAUUGCUGAUGUUAUUGGCCCUAUCACCUUUAGCAUUCUUACCACACUGCGCUGCACCAGUAGAACUAAUUUAUCUAUGCGUACCAGACUUUAUAAUAAAUCUAAUACUGUUUCUAAGAUUUUACGCAAGAAGUUACAUCAAAAAAUAGUUUGUACAGAUUUAGUUUUGUAGUUUCAGAUUUGAGAGUAUGCUAAAGUGAGAAACAACAAAAGCAAUAGGUACAAUUAUUUUGUUCCGAUUGUGUGACGGAAUUAUGAAUUUAUUCUGUGAACAGAAUCAUAAAGUAACAAAACAAAAUGAUUGACCCAA